AUGAAUGCUUCUCAGGAGAGCGACGAGUUCAUCGAGCCGGCAGCCCGAAUACCGAGGCAAAGUGAAAGUGCGGCAGCAUCAACAUCUGCUCAUACUCUGUCUGGUGUCGAGAAGCCUCGAGUCGAGCUAGCAAGCAAUGGAAGUGAUGAUGCUCGAGCCUCGACGUCGGAUGCACAUGAUCAAGCAAACAGCAACAAUCUCGACGCACGCGAAAAUGUCCAGACGGACGCCUCAAACGUGGAGCGAGCACCUUCCUUGGCCUCGUCAUCCGUCAAAACCAAAGUGUUUCUCAAAAGCACCUCUCCCGAUGUGCCGCUCCACGUUCAUCUGCCUCGCGAGCUCUCUCACACCCUUCUCAAGAAGCUCCAAAUCACCAUCAAAGCCCACGGUGGCGUCAUGGAAUCGCGUUUUGGCAAGGCUGACUUGAUCGUCGUCGACCCAGAUCUUAAAGGAGUGUCCAAAAGGCUGCUCAGAGACGCCGAUAGCAUGGGUCAGCCCAUCCCCGUCGUGAUUCCCGAUUACAUCUACGAUUGUGCUGCUCACGGGCAGCAGCUCGAUCUCGGUGAUCCCAAGUACAAGUACAACCCCUCGAUUCAGGGCCCCGACCCUCCGCAAGUCCCAGAACCCGCCCCGCGAACUCUCAAUGGUCGCAAUCCUUUCACCGAAUCCGACCGCCAGGCUAUCGUCUCGUACUUUGUCGACAAGCACGAGUCGUCCUGGAGCCUCAAUGCUGCUGCUCGCGAGCUCGCUCUUCGUAUUCCAACCCACACAUAUCAGAGCUUCCAAUCCUAUCUUCAGGCCAACUUCGACAAAGGCUGGAAUCUCAAACAAAAAGUGCUCAUCGCACGCCGUGAGGCCCUCGAAGGCGAGCCCUCCGAACUGCAGGCCCGCAUCUUCCGUUCCCAGUACACGGCCUCGCCUGGUCUACAUGAGCAGUCCGAGCAGUCCGCUCCCUCGGACGGUUGGCCUCGCACCUCUCCCGCCCCGCAGUCCAAUCAAGAGCCAGCGGCAGAAUCAGAUCCGAUCCCAGUUGCCGAGAACGGUCACGAGCGGCUGCCUGCGCAACAGGACUCGAGUCAAUCAGAGGACGAUGAUCAGGAUUUGCUGGUGCGCCAACCAAAUCCAGGCACAAAGGCAGACAACGUCGACAAAAGCCCAACCAAAACAAAGCAGCCCGUCGAACACACCUCUUCAGAGGAAUCGGAUCCCGACACAAGUCCGCCUGCUUCCUUGUCGCUUGGUCAGAGACCACCACAUCAUAGUCAAAUUCAGGCGUCGCCAAGCCCCGACGAGGAACCCGACCCGGAGCAUUACUCUCCAAGGAUCUUGUCUCAAAUCGAGCGAGCAGAAAAGUCCCGUACCCAAAGCUCGCAAAAAGCAAACAAAAAGCCCCACCGACGGUCGCAGUCAAGCAGCGAUUACGAUUCCGAGCUCGACGAGCUCGACCACGGCAGCGACCAGGACCUUCUCGCUGGUGAAUCUCCUUCGAGGGCCACCGCGCAGGAUGAUCAGAUUCAGGCUGCAGAUUCCGAGGAAUCAGAGUGGGGAGGAUCCAAAAGAAUCGAUCGCAAGUUGCGCGUGGACACGGGCACGGACGACAUCCGAGUCAAAUUCCUUCAAGACGAGAAGGACGAUCUCAUGCGCAAGCUCGUCGAGCACGUCCUUGCGCAGGGAGAUGACCUCCCGCCCUCCACGCAGAACGCGAUGCUGAACCAGCCCCAGGACUUUUUCUGGACACAAUUCGCCUCGACACAUCCCCGGCAUUCGGCUGCCUCGUGGCGCAGCCACUAUCGCAAAAACCGUGCGGUUUACAGAAGGAUCGUCGAUAUGAUGAUCCAGGAUCGACGCGCGGGCGAGGAGUCGGGCCAGCCAGAGGACUCCAGCGACGCAGAAAGUCAAGAUCAGCUCGCACCCGAUUCACAGCCGAGCGCGAGUAAAGACGCACCGGUUAAACACGAUGCUUUGACAGACGAUACAGCAGCGGCGCAAAGAUCAUUGGAACAGCUCAGGUCCGGGUCAGAGGACUCGUUGAGUUCCAAAGACAUAAGCUUCCCCGACGACGGCAUCGUCGUAAUGAUUCCGCUGCACUCCACGGAGCGACCGCCAGCACGGCACUCGUCGCACGGAGACCAGUGGCCAGAUGAGCUUCCGGCGCCACCUAUCGAGGACGAGGAUGAGGACAUGCUGCAGAUUGAAGAUCAAGUCAAUGUGCUCGCAGAAACCGCACCCUCGGUGGAAGACGAGGAGGAGUCGCCGCCUUCGCCACCCUCGUGGGACAGUGGCAGAUCCGGUACAGGUCCAGAUCCGAGAUCGCCCUCGAAAUCUCCCAUGCCAGCGAAUUCAGCCGCGAUGCACGUGGCCGGGUCACGCUCUACCAGCGCGGUGGAAGCCGGAACACCCGUGCUGGCUCAGCACCGCGACGCUGCUUUCUACGAUUUUACCAUGGACAGCGAUGAAGAGCGACGCAUCCGCAAAGCACGCUCGCGCCCAUCGCUUCCCAACAUGCAGCGACGUCAGCGAGACUUGUCUGCCAGGAUGCCAGCUGCUCCGAUCACCACGGAUCGCGUGUUGGGCCACUUUGCGACUCCUUCCCGGGGUCAGCAGCCGAACUCAAUCCCCAACGUUUCGUUGUCAGCGCGUCAGGCGCACAAGGACAGCAUGGCGCGCACGCGAGAAUGGACACGCAGCGUCUCGAGCGCAUCCUCCUCUGGCUCUGGAGAUCGUUCGCCUCGUCCCGAGCCGAUUGCUGUCACCGAGUCGUCGCGCUCUCGCGCCAGUCGUAUCGACCGGAGGCCGCUGCUUGUCGAAGCGUUCGUGGGCGUUGGAACGCCGUCACGCGUACGGAAUGCAACGCAGCCCCUACAUCGACGGCCCAUGAGUGGCGGCGGGCUUCCACCUGCACCCGUCGCCUCCAGUCCGACACCAGCCCGAGUUCGACCGGAUCCGGUCGAGUCGGAUUUCGAAGCCGCACGCCGACAGUACCGUGCUGACGCCGAGCAGUUCCGGGAUGAUUUCGGAUUGAACAGGGAGCAGCGCAACAUUCUGCUGAAACGAUUCAACGGAAACAUCAAGCAAGCUCGCCAAUACAUCGCCGACUGGCUCGCAGACGUGCAAGAUGCGUACAACGUCGAGGCAUCUGUUGCAUUCGAGUACGUCAAGACCUCGCAGGGAGACUUUGCGCAAGCCGAGAACUUCCUCAGGCUUGCUGCUAUGACACGAUCUAGCAGCACGCCAAAUCGCUCUGUCGGAGAUUCGUCGCGGGGCGAUGUGCGCUCCAUCAGCCCUGUGAAGCGGAGCAUUGGAAACAGUGAUGGCAGUUCUUCUCGCCUUGAACGUACAAUCGGUCGAGGCGAAUCUUCGAAGCGUUUCCGACGAUAG